AUGGCUUCAUAAGUAUAAAAUAAUAAAGAUUAUAAUCAUCUACUAACAAUUUGGAAUGAUUAUUUCAACAAACCUGCUAAAGAAACCAUUGAUCUCCAAGACAAUAUUCAUAAUAUGAUAAUCUUAUUUUACAAAUUAUUCCAAGAAAAUGAUUCAAUUAUUGAAUAUCAACAUACUCCAAAUUUGAUUGAAUGUAAAAUUGACAUAUAAUAAUUAUUCAAAUUGAUUGAUGAUGGUGAAUAACUUCAAAAUUUAUUUAUCAAUGACCCUUAAGAUUGGAUUAAUUCAAUUUCAUUAGCAAUUUCAAGUUUAAACAAUAACAAGAAAGUUAUUUGCCGACUUCAUAAUAUUCCUUUAUCAAAAAAAUUAGCCUCUUAAGACAUUGGUAAAUAUAUAGCAAUAAUGGGAACCAUCAUUACAACUGGUUCAUCAAAAUUAUUAUUAGAGAGAGCUUGUUUUGUUUGUAUUUCAUGUGAUGAGUAUGAAAGUAAAUAAUAAAUUAAAAAUUAGAAUAUUAUGUUAAUUCAGAUGGGUCUAUUCCAAAAGUAAAUCAAUGUAAUAAAUGUGGGAAUUCUAAUACAAUGAAACUAGAUAGAAAUAGAAGUGAUGCUGUAUUAUACUAGAAAAUAAAAUUGAAUGAAUUGUAAAUAGAAGUAGAAUUGAGAGAUCUUUAUGUCAAUUGUUUUAUGUCAGGAGAUGAGAUAAUAGUUCAUGGUAUAGUAAAGACAAUAUAAGAUGAAUAAAAGAGUUCUCUUUAUGUAAAAUAUAUACAAGCCUAUCAUGUUAAACAUGAAUAAAUUAAUGAAAGUUUUACAAGACACGAAAUAAAGACAGUUAAUGAUUUAGCUAAAAAUGGAGAGUUGUUUUAUGCUUUAAUAAAUAAUUUCUGUCCAAGUAUUUAUGGACAUGAAAUUGUAAAAGCUGGAUUAUUGUUAUCUCUUGUUGGAGGUAGUACUUGUAAUAGAAAUGCAUCACAUUGUUUAUUAGUAGGUGAUCCUGGUUAAGGAAAGAGUUAAUUAUUGAAGUUUGCUCAUUUACUUUCAACUCGUUCAAUAUAUGUUUCAGGGACUGCUGUAUCACAAUGUGGUUUGACUUGUUCAGUAAAUCAUAAAAAUGAUGAUACAAUUAUAGAUGCUGGUGCAUUAGUAUUGGCUGAUAAUGGAGUUUGUUGUUUGGAUGAAAUUGAUAAAAUGUAGAGUCAACAUUAUGCAUUAUUAGAAGCUAUGGAAUAAUAAACAAUCACUUUGGCUAAAAGUGCUGUUAUGUGUUAAUUUUAUGCUAGAACUACAAUUAUUGCAACUGCAAAUCCAGCAUAAGGUCAUUUUAAUAAAACAAAAUCAUUAAUUGAAAAUUUAAAAAUAUAAAAUACUUUAUUAUCUAGAUUUGAUUUAAUUUAUUUAUUGAUAGAUGAACCAGAUAUGGAAAGAGAUUAAAAAUUAUCAGAACAUAUUAUGAAUUUUCAUAAUAUGAAAACAUCAAGAAUCAAAUUUAAUAAUAGUGAUGAAAUGAAAACCCCAAAUGCUUAUAGAACUUUAAAUGAAAGAUUACAUUCUAAUUAAAUUAAUUAAGAAUUACCAUAUUAAUUAAUGAAGAAAAUUAUUGCUCAUGUUAAAAAUAUUAAAUCAAUUCUUACAUUAGGAGCUUAAAAAUUAAUAGCUUCCUAUUAUUUGAAAAUUAGAUAAACUGCAUUUGGAAUGCCAAUUACUAGUAGAUAAUUAGAAUCACUUAUUCGAUUGUCUUAAGCCAAAGCUAAAUUAUGUUUAAGAUAAGAAGUAACUGAAGAAGAUGCUUAAUUUGCUAUUGACAUUUUUGAAGAAAGCAGAUUUGAUUGUUUUAUUAGUGGAUUAAGCAAUUAAACAACUAAUAAAAAAGGUUAAGCUAAUUCAAUUAAUAAUUCAAAAAAUAUUGGAACAUUAUCAAAACCAAAAUAAACUUAAAUCUUUUUGGAUGAAUUACAUAAAGUUUCAUUAUAAAAGGAUUCUUAUGAAUUUUCAAUGGAAGAAUUGAAGAACACUGCUAGAAAGAUAAAUCUAUAAGUUGGAGAUUUAGGUGAUUUCAUUAGUAAAUUAAAUUAUGAUUGUAUGCUCAUAAUGAGAGGAAAUAAUGUAUAUGAAUUAAACUACAAAAGAUGA